CAGCAGUGGCAGUCUGAGUCAAGGGGGCGGAGCUCCGGGGGAGACAGCUGGUACACCCUCAGACUCAGAGGAAGUUACCAAAACAGACUCAGAACCCGCAAAACCGAAGACGAGCAAAGACAAGCCUUCCCCCCACUUGGAGGUGCAAUUCUCCGACUCCACGGCCAACUUCAUAGUGAAGAUCUACUAUGCGGAGGAGUUUGCUCGUCUCCGUGCCACCAUAUUCCCGGCAGGUGAAGACGCGUUUGUGCGCUCGCUCAGCCGCUGUGUGCAGUGGGCUGCACGAGGUGGCAAAUCUGGCUUCCAAUUUUGCCAAAACAAAAGAUGACAGAUUUAUACUUAAGGAGAUGUCGCGCACAGAGACCCACCCGUUCAUGGACUCUGCGCCGCAAUACUUCGACUACAUGGACAGAUGCGCGGCGGCCGGGUCACCGACACUGCUGGGCAAGAUAGUGGGUGUGUACCGUGUUAUCUACCGCAGCACCACCUCCAACGCCACGUUCCGCUCCAAUCUGCUGGUCAUGGAGAACCUGUUUUACAACCGGUCAGUCCGACACAAGUUUGACCUGAAGGGCUCUGUUCGCAACAGGCUGGUCAAUCCCCUGGAGCAAGGUGGAGAGAUCGUGCUGCUUGAUGAGAACCUAAUCAAUAUGACCUGUGACAACCCUCUGUACAUCCUCCCACACUCCAAGACUGUGCUGAUGCAAGCAAUUCAGUCUGACACCCAGUUCCUGGCCACUCAGGCUGUCAUGGACUACUCUCUGCUGGUGGGGCUUGACGAGACCAACAAGGAACUGGUGGUCGGCAUUAUAGACUACAUAAGAACGUUUACAUGGGACAAGAGGCUGGAAACCAUGGUGAAAAAGAGUGGACUGCUGGGUGGUCAGGGAAAACUGCCCACAAUCGUGUCUCCUGACGAGUACCGGGAUCGGUUUAUCGCGGCCAUGCACCGAUACUUCCUUCCGGUUCCAGACCGCUGGACCGGUUUGGGCAAAGGGCUCGAUUUCUGAGUACAAUGAAUCCUACAUAUUUGGUUUUAUCAGUAUUGUCAUGUUCAAAGUAAUGGCCAGUUACUUUAUUUUGAUUGAUUUUUAUUUUAUUAUUUUAUUUUUGUUGUGGAAUAUUUAUAAAGAGUUUAGUUACUGAAAACCAGUAGUUAACAUGUAAACUUAAACUCUGACGAUAUGUACCGGAAUGUUAUCAGAAAAUUGAAUGUAUUUUUAUUUAAUUUUGAAAAAAAAUUAUGUAAAGACAAUGUGGACGGGUAUUUUGUGAUUUAAACCAGUUUAAAAUAUUUUUUGAUCACACAGUGUCUUGUAAUUAGUGUUAAGAUCUACUUGAAUAUUUAAAGAUCUUCAAAGCAAGUAUUGUUUUUCACCAUUUCAUUGACAAGUAGUAAAGUAAUGGGGGUGAUUUUAUUUUCUACUGUAGAGUUUACAAAACAAUAAACUCCAUAAUAGAAACAAGUUUGACCUUAAAUAGUUAUAAAUAGGACCUUUUUAAACGAAGGAUGUAUACUAUCAUGAAAUAAAACAAACAACGUACUAUAGUCUUAUAUACACAUUGAUAUUAUUUACUGUAUUAUUAUCUUAUAUUUUGAAGGCGCAUACAAAUAAACAGUAUACAGAGUAAAAUUUAAUGGAAAAAUUGUUAUGUCACAUUGUUUAUUGUUAUUUGACUCACUUAAUUUAAUUUAGCCCACUUCAAUAUGGGAAAAAGGUAAAAUUGUUCUAUUAGGCUACUGGUGUCCGGACUUGUUAAAAUGUUAAUAUUUUAUUGCCUUUGAAGUAUUUGUUUGUUUGGUUGUCUCCAUAACAUGUUUGAAUGUGGUGGCAGCAUAAUUAACUAUAACCUCGUAUAGUAAUUUUCACUGUCACAUGUUUUAAGCACAAUACUAAGAUGGUCGGGCAAAGGAGUAGUGAGGCAGUACUCAUGUCUUAUGAUGCAAGGGUGUUGACGCUGCACUCCUGGGUGAAGGUUAAGGGAAAUAGGGUGGCGUGUCUGUGUCUGUCUUGGGUUUUCUCCAGUGUUGUCAAAUUUGCGGUUGCCGGAUUAUUUAUUUUUUAAAUCUUUGAACAUUGUGGCUACAUUAAACAGGCUUGUAUUUCUAAAAUCUUUUUAGUUCAAAAGGCUGUUGUAUCAAUGGUUUUGCACAUUACUUGUUUUGUUUCAAUGUUUUCUUUAAUACGCUUUGGCUUUUUGUUUAUUAUUUAAUAUUUUUAUUGCUGUAAGAGAAUCUGGAAAUUUUAUUUUAUGGGAUGAGUUUUUACUGACUACACAACUAAAUAUAACCAAUCAGGAAAAGCAACAUCGAGAUGCCCAAAAAAUUUGUGCACAGUCAAUAGAAAUGAUAUAACGAAGGAAAAACUAUUUAAUAAUCUUCACCAUGGAGGUAAAAACUGUGACCAAAAUGACGAAAAACGACAUAAAAGUAGUAUAAAAUUCUUACAUUACUCUUAAUGUAGACCUAUUCUUCCAGCUCAAAAUCUCACGUGAAUGUUGAAAACCUUGAUAUCCUCUUCCCUUCACCUACCCCUCCUUAGUUUGUUGUCCCCUCCCAUCCAGAAACCCCAAUUCCUCUUAUUCCACUAGAUCGAUGGACUAAUAAAGUUAUAACUUAAAAUUCAAACAUUUUAAUAAUUUUUGUGCAAUAUAUGAUUUGCGUCCACCUCAAAAUUCUUUCUGGAAAUGAAAGUAUAGUAUUUUUAAAAACUUUUUAAAACAUUAUCCAAAUCCAGAAUAAAUCAUAGCUAAACAUCUAAAAAUAAUGCAUAAAAACAUCAAGUAAAGCUGCACAAAAGGUUUUUGAAAUAUAUAAUCUUAUGCAAAAUCAUGGAUACGACAACCUUUGAAACAAAGCCCAUUUAGAAGUUUAAAACAAUUUAAAAUAGCCAAAGCAAUCAAAAAAUUUUUUUAAUCGACAACUGGGUUACAUUGCAAAAAACAUUGACAACACUGAGGAAAACUUAAACAGAUAAAAAGUAUAGGUCACCUUCUGACCACUGACCUUCAAAUUCCAGCAAUGCCAACACACUAUGUUGCACAAGUACCACCUCAUGAUCCUUAUGUCCAACACAAAUCUUUGUGCCAUGCUGCAUCUGGCAUGUUUACUUCAGUAAUACAGUGAACAUGCCUAUAUGAUCAUUAUGAUUAUGCUGCUACUGUGGUGAAACAUGUCAAGGAGGCAACCUAUUCACGGUCAAAGAUUGAAUAUUACUUAGCACAGGCAAACCAAAGAGAAUAGAUCGGCUAACAGCACUAAAAUAUUAUGGCAGUCCUAAAGACAGAAAUGGCUAGUGUUUUGCACCUAAUUUAUUGUUAUGGCAUAUUUUUUGUUAAUGUUUAAGUAGUUUAUUCUCUUGUUACCAUUUAAAUAUAUUGUUUUUAUGUUAUUCUUUAUAUUUAGAUUGUUUUAAUUUGAUUAGUUCAUAAUACUUGUUUCUCUCACAGUUUAUUUACAUUUUUGUUACUAUUAACUUGUUAAACUGUAAGUGCCAAUUAGUUAACUUAGAAGACCACGGGUUUUGUAUAUUAUUGUCAUUUUGUCUGUAACCAUUUUGAAUCAGAUUUGAACAUCUAAUAUGACAUGAUAACACUAGAACUGGCAAGACACCUGCAACAAAUGGUUUUAAACAAGAUUUUUUUGCUUUUUUCUAUACAAACAUUUAAUGCUAAUAUUUUAAUUUUAAUUCACUUUAUUAUAUACCAAUUCAGUGAUAUCAAUUAUUAAAAUUACUGGUAGGAAAUAAUAAACUUUAAAAAAAAUCUGUAUUGCUUGCAAUAUAAUUUGUGAAAAUUUCAUAACGUACAUGAUUUUUAAUGUUUAUGUAAAGAUAAAUGUUUAAGUUUGUAAAGCUCGAUUUAAAUGCCACAGAUAUUUAACAAUACUAUAACCUAUUUCCUGUUAUUAUUCUUUUUGUUUACUAUUUGUGGAUUUACUUUUUAAAACAAAUAUUAUAUAACUUAUAGAAGCAAACCUAUUUAGUCUUUUAGAGCAUAUCAUUGUGUUAAAAAUUAAAUACAUACAAUUUAUUACCAUAAUAAUAUUUUGUGGUGUUUUCAUCUACAGUUAUUUUAUAUUUUACUCUAGCUCUGAAUAGUUUUCUAUCUGACAUUUAUCAUUCCUUACGAAGAGCUGCCCGCCCACAUAACAAGCCUCCCAAAAAGUCAUACAAAAAAUUGUUUUCAAGUAGUUGGUAUGAAACUUGUGGCAAAGAGAACAGUAUACAACAUUAUAGAGUAAGAAUAAAAAACUUUCUUUUUAAAGAAUUUUUGGGAAAUAAUUCAAUUGGCAGAAGUAGCGUUGCCUCUACAAAAAUAUAUAGAUGCCAGUUUUGGUCAAGAUGACAACUGAUUUUCAUUGGUGGCCAGACAAAAGCUCAACUAUUAAAUUGAUAUUAAUCAACAUGUAAAUAAAAUGUGAGACAAGAAAUUUAUAAGUACACUUUGUUAACAGAGUUUUUGAAGGUAUAUUUAUUUUGUCAUGGUGCUUAUAUAGUAUGAAAUAGUUAUUGUUAGAUAGCGUUGAAAUGACCAUUCCGAAAUACAUCAUUGCCAUGUUUUAAUUUAUUAUACACCAAAUUGUAUUAUUAUUUAUAAUGAUAGAAAUAAUUUUGUGAAUGUAAAGUUGUAAAUGUGACCUACAUACAAGAUUGUGUUGUAUUGGCUAAUGUAAAUAAGGGAGUGUCUACAAAUUAAAAUACUUUUAUAGCUACAUAA